AUUGGCUUCAAUACAUUUUUAGCUUCUCUUUUGUAUCAGUUUAUUAUUUAUAAUUUAGGUACCAUUUACCAUACUAACUAAAUAUUUGUAACUUUCAUUGAAGCUAGAUAAAUAAUCAAGUUAUUUGUGAACAUGGAUAAUAAAAAUAAAAAAGAGUCAUCGGGCCUUCGGAAGGCUGAUCGGGUUCGUAAUUUGUGUAUCAUGGCUCAUGUUGACCAUGGCAAAACCACUCUGGCUGACACACUUAUUGCAACAAAUGGGAUCAUAUCUGAGAAGCAAGCAGGAUCUAUCAAGUACAUGGACAGCCGCCCAGAUGAAAUGGCUAGAGGAAUCACCAUGAAAAGCUCCUGUAUCACUCUUGCAUACCCACACCAGAAUGAGAGCUACCUCAUCAAUCUCAUUGAUUCUCCGGGUCAUGUUGACUUUACUUCAGAGGUGAGCACGGCUGUUCGUCUCUGUGAUGGGUGUAUCUUGGUGGUUGAUGUAGUGGAAGGAGUCUGCGCUCAAACAAAGGCUGUUAUGCGACAAGCCUGGGUCUCAGGGGUGAAGCCUGUUCUUGUACUCAACAAAAUUGACAGACUCAUUCUUGAGAAGGAACUUGCACCUCUGGAUGCCUACUACCACAUAGCCAAUGUUCUGGAGCAGGUCAAUGCAUACAUGGCUGAGCUAUACAACACAGAUGUUUUUGGACGAACUAACGACAGAACAGAUGCUGACCAGAGACGUUCAUCGAGCAGCAAGACUGCAGGUCCCUCUUCCCCAAGCAAGACUGAAGGUCCCUCUUCCCCAAGCAAGACUGAAGGUCCCUCUUCCCCAAGCAAGACUGAAGGUCCCUAUUCCCCAAGCAAGAAUAGCUCAUGUCUGACAGAGGGUAAAAGCCUCGUCGACUGGGGCAUUGAGGACAUCGAUGACUCAGACUUGUACUUCAACCCCACUGAUGGCAAUGUCGUCUUCGCCAGUGCUAUUGAUUGCUGGGGAUUUGGGAUUUCGCAGUUUGCGGAGCAGUUCUCCAGCAAGCUGGGCAUGAGCCUGAAGGUCUUGUCAAAAACCCUGUGGGGGGACUUCUACAUUUCCAGUAAAGGUGGCGAGAAGCGAAUACUCAAAGGGGCUCGUGACAAACGCAAGAACCCUCUAUUUGUGACCCUCAUUCUGGAUAACCUUUAUCAGGUUUACAAGAAAGUUCGGCCAGCAACUGCUGACCCUGCUGACGUACGCAAGAUUGCUGACAGUUUGAACAUCAAGAUGUCAGCUCGUCUGUUCGAGUCAGCCUCUGAGAGCAAGACGCGCUUCAUGCACAUCUGCUCCAACUGGCUCCCGCUGUCUAAGGCUGUCCUCAACAUGGUUGUGCUGCAGCUUCCAGCCCCGACUACCAUAUCAGAAGAACGUGCGAAGAAGCUCCUCACAACUGCCACUCACGACUUCAGGAGUCUACCAGCGUGCAGUCGCUCGCUGCUGCCGCACCUGCAGCGCUGCAGCAGCGAGCCUAGCGCUCCCCUCAUCGUUUAUGUCUCUAAGAUGUUUGGAGUGUCGUGCAAAAAACUACGCGACGCCGACGAGAAAUUGCGUGGGGGGGCGGCGCCCCCACGCGGCCCCCUCCCUCCUGGCGACGACGAAGACGUGCAGGAUUUAACUGCUGAGGUCCUGGAGGAGCCGGAGGAACUGCUGGCCUUUGCUCGCGUCUUUAGCGGCUCCCUGAAGCCUGGCAUGGAGGUGUACGUGUUGGGGCCAAAGCACAACCCUGCGUCGGUAGCGCCGUUCAUGUCUCCUGAUGGGGAGCUCAGUGAUGAGCACCUCGCUCUGUGUCCUCAUAUUACGCGCUGCAAGGUUGGUGGGGUGUACCUCCUGCUGGGGCGCGAGGUACAGAGUCUGGGGUCAGCGGGCGCCGGCCUCCUGGUGGGGGUGGGUGGCCUCACGGGGCACAUCGUCAAGAGCGGCAGCCUCAGCAGCACCCCAGCCUGUCCUCCCUUCACCCACGUCAUCCACACCGCCGGUCCCAGCCUUAAUGGAGAUGCUGAGGGCUCGCUGCUGAGGGUACAGGUGCUCCCUAAGAACCCUCGCUGCCUCCCCGAGCUGAGGGAAGGCCUGAGGCUACUCAACCAAGCCGACCCUUGUGUUCAGGUUUGGCUGGAGUCGUCAGGGCAGUACAUGAUAGGCGCGGCUGGGGAGGUGCACCUGCAGCGCUGUCUUAGUGACCUGCAGGACAAGUACGCGCGCACGGCGGUGACGGCGUCUGCGCCCAUCGUGCCGUUCAGGGAGACCAUCGUGCCGCGCCCCCGCGUCGACAACACCAACGAGGCCAUCGAGGGAGAGAACGUCGACACCUCCAAGCUGGCUGGAGAUGGUGCCGUGAGGCUAGACGCAGCUCUAGGCAGCAUCAGAGUGCGUGCUGUGCCUCUGCCCAGCUCUGUGACAGAGCUGCUCUGCGCUAACUCUGAACUGCUCUCUGCUCUGUCAUCUCAGAGCAACACAAUCAACGUGGCUGCCGGCAUGGCCUCCCAGAACAGCUUCCUCAAGAAACCCAGCGAUGCCUUCAACUCUCAAAUUAAUUCAUUGUUUAAAGAAACUAAAUCUCAUCUAAAUGACCACGAUGAAAACUCCGACGUUAUUAUUUCUAAUGGUGGAGACGCUAAAUCCAACGUCAGUUCUAAAACAGAGGAAAAAAGUGCAAGGGAUUUUGAAUCUGAAGGAAUUUCUGUUGUAGAUUCAAGUAUAGAAACUCCUAAAGAGGCGAAGGCUAAUGAUGGCGAUAAGAUUACUGACGACGUGAAGGGUAUUCAACUUGGUAAGACUCCUGAAGUGGUGAAGGGUAGUGAAGAGACUCUCCCUUUAACGAGCUUCACCUCGACAACUCGGUCGAGUCCCCAGACUCUGACGCGAGAGACACAAGCUGCUUUAGUUCACCUGAAGAAGCAGCUAUCAGAGGCUUUCUCUGCCGCUGGGGAAGAAUGGGCUGGGGCUGAGGACCAGAUGUGGACUGUGGGUCCCCAUUACUGUGGCCCCAACAUCCUGCUCAACAGAGUCCCUAGCUAUGGGGACCGUCCCUCAAUCUGGAUGCCCAAAGCCUCGAUGCCCUCGUCUCCCCUCGCGUCCAUGGACCACGCCUUGGUUACUGGUUUCCAGUUGUGUUGCGCCGCGGGGUCGCUGUGCGAGGAGCCGCUCAUGGGCGUCUGUUUCCUGGUGGAGGACUGGCAGCCUCCGUCUGACAGCGCCCAGCUACCACCGGGCAAGGUGAUGAUGCUUUCUAAAGAGCUUUUCCUGAACGCGUUCGACGAGCAGCCACGACGCAUGAUGGUCGCGACGUACAGCUGCGUCGUGAGCGUCACGUCUGAGGUCGUGGGCAGAGUUUAUUCAGUGUUGGGUCGCCGCCACGGCAGGAUAUUGGCUGGCGACAUCACUGAAGGCUCGAACGCAUGGAACGUUACAGCUUAUUUGCCCAUCGUUGAAAGCAUCGACUUCGCCAACGAACUGCGCAAGGCUACCUCUGGGGAGGCUCAGCCACAACUGAUGUUCUCCCACUGGGAGACGCUGGAGGUUGACCCGUACUGGGACCCGUGCACGGCUGAGGAGCUCAAGCACUUCGGGCAGAAGGCGGACACCGAGAACCUGGCCCGCGUCUACAUGAACGCCGUGCGCAGGCGUAAGGGCAUCAAGGAGUACGGCAAGAAGCUCGUCGAGUUCGGCGAGAAACAGCGAACUCUCACUAAGAAUAAAUAACAGUUCGUGUCAUCGAGUGGAGUAAAAGAGUUCACUACCGUGUUUUAUUUCCCGUGUAUUGUUAUUGGAGUUCACGGAGAUAAGUUUGAAUUUGUUUUGCCCCUUGUCUACAGAUAAUUUAUUCGCAGCUGAAGUCCUUUUAGUCCUUCGCCGGCAGACUAAGGGUCUAGGUGAAUUAAUUCAUUGAUACAAAUGUUACACGGUAAUAAAACGAUUGUGAUGUAAAAUAAAUGAGAUGUUCGCACAA